AUCUGAUCACAAGCUUUCAGGACCCAGCAGGAUAGAAUGGUUGAGCAUCUCCUAAAAGCGACUCGCUUUCUGUGACAGUUUGUUCAUCAAUGUAAACAAAACUUGCACGUGUGUGACCAUCCAGAAAGUCAAGGAAACGGGGUCACAUCCUGGCAUGAGCAGGUGAAGCAAGAUCAAGCUGCCUGGCUGCUACUCACUGGCCAGGAAGAUGUCUGCCUUCACCAGCAUGGGCACAGAUGUGCUGCAGCGGCAGGUGGCUGAGGGCGAGUCCCGCGCCGCCUCCCUGGCCCUUCAGGACAUGUACGAGGUCAGCCGCUGCGUGGCGUGGGUCAGGCAGGGCCACCACCACAAGGUUUGCCUACAAUUCCCUGAUGAGUUGCUUGGGGACGCUGCAGCUGUGGCCGAGGCCUUGAUGUGCCAGCUGGCCCAGCCGGUGUACAUCCUUGGAGAUACAACUUAUGGCAGCUGUUGUGUUGAUGAGGUGGCAGCGGAGCAUGUCGGAGCUGAUGCUGUGAUACAUUUUGGUAACACUUGUCUGAGUCCCUCACAACGACUGCCUGUGCUGUACGUCCCCACCAGGCUGCACGUGGACACUGGUGGGAUGUUGGAGCGGUUGAAGGUAGCUCUGAAGGAGGAGAUGAAUGGUGACCACCCAUUGGUCUUCCUCUUUGAUGCCAGGUGUCAGUAUGUGGCAGGUGAAGUGUUUUCAGAGUUGCAUGACUUACUGCCUCACCUGGUGUGCUCCAGUCUGGUGGGUGUGAAGUGGGAGGAACACACCACUCCUGACACAGAGGACAAACUUGCCUGUCACUCACAGCACAGGGAAAGGAAAGGGUCCAGCAGUAACGAACAAAAUGUAAAUUGUUGUAUUGCGUGUGAGACCUGCAACAGUGACUUGAAAUGCAACCAUGAUGAUUCAGGGAAGUGCCAUGAAUCUGGAGUGGAAAAUGUUCACAGAAACAGUCAUAAUGACUCUAGCACAUCUGAUGACUCCACCAGUUUUAAGAGAAAUACAGAAAAAAGCCAUGGGGAAGUAAAGUUCAAUGGACGAUGUGUAUUGUUACCAAGUAAUGCUAAUAUUAAUGAGUGCAACUUUAUUUAUUUAGGUCCCAAAGGACCCACCUUGGAUAGCCUUCUACUGCGCUUUGCCAGUGCCACUUUCUACCACCUGCCGCCGAGUGGUGGCGAGGUACAGAAGGUCUCAGGGAUGCAGAGUCUUUGUCGCAACAUCAAACUGGAAAUGAUUCGUGAUGCCCAGAUCAUUGGCGUCCUGGCGGGGACAUUGGGUGUCGCCAGGUACCGAGAGGCAAUUGCCCGGCUCAAGACAAUCAUCAAGGCUGCUGGGAAACGGAGUUACACAUUUGUGGUCGGCAAACCCAAUGAACCAAAACUGGCCAAUGUCUCCGAGAUUGACGUGUUUGUCUAUGUGGCGUGUCCAGAGACAACGCUGGUGGACCGCGCCUCAGACCCAGUCCUCUAUAGGAAGCUGGUGGCUCCCUGGGAGGUGGAGGUGGCUCUGGUGGCUGGCCGGGAGUGGAGCAUGAACUUUGAGUCUGACUUUAGUACCUUGCUGCCUGGUGGAGCACACCACAUGGCAGUGUGCGAGGCAGCUGGGCGGCAGGAGGCAAGCGUCUCUCUCAUCACUAAUCAGACACAGACACUUGGCUUAAGGGACAGCAGUGAGGUAGGCACAGCGGGACCAGUGAUGGUGCAAGAGGGCAAGGCUCUGGCUGCCCUACAUGUAGGAGGUGGUGGGCAGGUUCUUGGGGGACGGUCCUGGGCUGGGCUGGACCCGUCCCAUCCUGCACCUGCUGCCAGUACUGUGGUGGUGGAGGGAAGGAAAGGUAUUGCUGCUGAAUACCAAGACGAGAAAGUGUGAUGAGUGCAUAGGUGCUGCGUGUCCUUCUAUAGUGCACCGACUAACACACCAACCUGGCUAGUACACCACAAUGUGUACUGCUAACUCUGUAUGAGCUUCACCAAAUAAAGCUUCCUUGCUUUCAGACAUUAUUACAGAA